CCCACUUCACACUUCCAUCCCCCUUUGAAAUCCAAUUCCCUUCAAUCAAUCAAUCCAUCUAUACUUCAUCAUGACUUCUCUUCCCCCCAGAAGCUGCUGCUACCAGGGCGUCAAGCACGAAGGCGAAGCCACCGGUAGCUUUUCCAAGCUCAAUGACUUUGAGAUCUACACCAGCUACCCGGCCGACAAGUCCACCGAGUACGGUGUCUUGAUCAUCACCGAUGUCAUCGGCCACCGCUUCAUCAAUGCCCAGCUUAUUGCCGACCAAUUCGCCGCCAAUGGCUACUUUGUCAUGAUGCCCGAUCUCUUCUACGAGGACGCCAUUCCCCUGAACCGCCCCGCCGGUUUCGAUCUCAUGGCUUGGUUGGGUGGCGAAUACCACAAGGACAAGAAGGCUCACACUGCCGAAGUCGUCGACCCCAUCAUCGAGGCUUGUCUCAACGAGAUGCGCACCAAGUAUGGAUGCAAGAAAAUCGGUGCUGUCGGUUACUGCUUUGGUGGCAAGUACGUCGUGCGUUAUCUUCGGCCUGGCCAGAUCGAUGCCGGAUACACCGCGCAUCCUUCCUUUGUCCAGGAAGACGAGCUGAGGGGCAUCAAGGGUCCUCUGGCUAUUUCUGCCGCGGAAAUCGACCCCAUCUUCCCUGCGGAGAAGCGCCAUGAGUCGGAGGUGAUUCUGAAGGAGCUGGGCCUGCCUUACCAGAUCAACCUGUACAGCGGUGUUGAGCACGGCUUUGCGGUCCGCGGUAACCCGGAGAAGCGGACGGUACAGUAUGCCAAGGAGAGUGCUUUCCUGCAGGCCGUGCAGUGGUUCAAGGAGCACCUGUAGUCUACUUCUGAUGGAGUAUAUGAUAUAUGAGAUACCUUGAAUAUGAUAGAUUCUUGCUAUGUAUGGACGACUCAUCUGAUAAUAUCAUCGGUGUCAAUCAGACCAUUACAGAGGAUAGCCAUUGAAUGGACUUCAAAGCCAGCCAAUCGCAAAAACCGACAUAGUCGAGGGUGUCAAGGGUUACGUGCCUUUUGGCCUUCUGGCUAUGACGAGUCAUUCGACUUCCGGGGUUCUCCAGCAUCUAUUGGGUUUGGGUAGAUAUAGUUUGCAUAAUCUUAUCUUUCUGUUCCCACCUCUCUUCCCCCUGUCUCUCUUCUUUUCUUCUUCUUCUUCUUCCUUCAAGCUCCAGAUUUCUCCAUCUUCUCUUCUUUUGACUCUCAUCUGUUCCUUACUCUAAUUCUGUUUCAAUUUUUUCCUAUUUUUUUUAAAUCAAACAAGAGGUAAAUCACAUUCGCCGUCAUAAG